AGUUACCACAAGAAAACUUCCAAUGAUUCUGAAAAUAUCUUGAAGCCUUCAUUAUUCAACACUUUUCUCAGCCAACCCAGAAUGAAUCAAAGCAAAGCAUUGCUGUCCACGGAGUCAAUAGGAAGAAACCAAAGAGCAAAGGAAAAUCAAAGCCCCAUGUUCCGCCUUGUUCCCUAAUAUCCGAAAGAUCCCGCAAGAUCUUUGUCAUUUCAAGCCUCGCCGAUUGAGCUCCACACCACACCGGGCCAUGGCGUCGGAGAAGACGGACCACUUGGAGGAGAGAGCGAAGGCUUUCUUCAACGACAGAUGGCUGGUGUUCGUGGCUUCGAUGUGGGUUCAAUCUUGCGCCGGGAUUAGUUACUUGUUCGGGAGCAUUUCGCCGGUGAUAAAGAGCUCUAUGGGGUACAAUCAGAGGCAGAUUGCCAUUCUGGGUGUGGCCAAGGAUUUGGGGGACAAUAUUGGGUUUGUUGCCGGUGCUCUGAGUGAGGUUUUGCCCAUCUGGGUGGUGCUUCUCAUUGGGGUGGUUCAGAACUUUGUUGGGUAUGGCUUGGUUUGGCUCAUUGUCACUCACAGAUUGCCUGCUUUGCCGCUCUGGGUGCUGUGCAUUUCCAUAUUUGUGGGAACCAAUGUUGAUUCCUACUUCAAUACCGGAGCUCUGGUGUCCUGUGUGCAAAACUUUCCCAGAAGCCGUGGUCCAACUGUUGGGAUACUCAAGGGAUUCGCGGGGUUGAGUGGUGCAAUUUUGACUCAAAUUUACAACACGAUCAAUGCUUCGAAUCAAGCAUCUCUGAUCUUGAUGAUUGCAGUCUGGCCAUCGAUUGUUGUCAUCUCUGUCAUGUUCGUUGUUAGACCUGUGGGGGGUCACAAACAAGUUAGAGGUUCUGAUAAAUUGAGUUUCUUGUUCAUCUAUGGUGUCUGUCUUAUUCUAGCGGCUUACUUGCUGGCCAUCUUGUUGCUCAAGGAUGCACUACAUAUAAGCCAAGUAAUACUCACAGUUAUAUUGAUCCUUAUAUUAUUGCUUCCAAUUAUGAUUCCUGUUAUAUUGGCCUUUCAUGAGCCGAGAUCCCCACAAGAGGAGAGCUUUCUCCUCGAGACACAGACAGAUGAAACAAGCAAAUCCAAGGAGGAGGGAAACGAGGUCGUCAUUCUCAGUGAGGUCGAAGACGAGAAACCUGCAGAAGUUGAAUCACUCCCAGCACCCGAAAGGCAAAAACGAAUUUCUUAUUUGCAAGCUAAACUGUUUCAAGCGGCUGCUGAAGGAGCGGUGAGGAUCAAGAGGAGGAAGGGCCCUCAUAGAGGAGAGGAUUUCACUUUAAUGCAGGCAUUGUUGAAGGCAGAUUUCUGGCUUAUCUUCUUCUCCCUUGUACUGGCUUCUGGUUCUGGCAUGACGAUAAUCGACAACUUGGGUCAGAUAUGCCAGUCUCUUGGAUAUAGCAACACAGACAUGUUUGUUUCCAUGAUUAGCAUUUGGAAUUUUCUUGGUCGGGUUGGUGGAGGAUACUUCUCAGAGGUUAUUAUAAGGAACUAUGCCUUCCCAAGGCCAGUGGCAAUGGCUUUCGCUCAGGUCAUUAUGGCCUCUGGACUCUUCUUUUACGCCAUGGAUUGGCCGGGGGCAAUCUAUGUCAUGACCAUACUAACAGGAAUUGGAUAUGGCGCCCACUGGGCAAUCGUGCCUGCUGCAAUCUCAGAAUUGUUUGGCUUAAAAAGUUUCGGCGCAUUGUACAAUUUCCUUACGCUGUCCAGCCCUAUGGGAUCAUUAGUCUUUUCUGGUGUCAUAGCCAGUGGCAUAUAUGAUUAUGAGGCCGGGAAGCAAGCUGCUCUCCACCACCAAAAGUUUGGAUCUCUCAUGGCGGAUGAUGAACCGCCCAGUUGUGAGGGUAUUGUAUGCUAUUCUCUCACUUGUGGUAUCUUGUCAGGACUGUGCAUAGCUGCUGUCAUGCUGAGUUUGAUUGCUGUCUAUCGAACAAGGAGGGUGUAUGCGCAGCUUUAUGGAAACUCGCGCUCUUGAGAUGCCAGGAGAUGUCACUAGAGAUCGUGUUUAUAUAAGCAUCAUGCCAGGGGAAUUUCUUUCAUUCAUCAACUGCAUUCUCGUUCUCAGGAAACCAAGCUGAAGUCAAUAAGAAAAAGCCAACAUAAUUGCAUUUUUAUGGAUUCUGUUGUUAUCUUCUGUGACGACGUGGGUCUAUACCAUUUUUUAUAUUUAUUUUAUUUUGAUGUAUAUAUAUAUAAUUAUAUUAUUUUAAAAUUAAAUAAAAUUGAUUGAUGGUUUGAUGAAGCUAGA